CAGCUCCGCCGGGCCUGACCCUUCGGCCAACCGCAGCCUGAGCUAGAAUACCGCUGCAGCAUCAGCCUCCGAUCAGGGAGGCAUGCCGGCGCGGAGCGCGAUACGAUGCGUGCUUGCCGCGACGUUUGCCGUGGCGGCGGGCCUGCGGCCGAUGCCAGGCUUGAGUUUUGGCAGCAGCACGCUCAGGCCGCUCGCCGCUGCCGCAGCGCCACCAAGGCGGCGGCUCCGCUCUCCGCCGCCGCAGCUGCUCGACCCGCUCGACUGGCUGGCGGACCAGCUCGAGGUGCGGCUGCGUGCGCGGCGCGAGGGCAAGCUGCGGCGGCCGAAGCGCAUCAUCCUCGUGCGGCACGGCCAAUCGGAGGGCAACGUCAACCGGACUGCGUACCAGAGCACACCCGACUCCCAGAUUGCGCUGACCGAGGUGGGGUGGGCGCAGGGCGUGGUGGCGGGGCUGCAGAUCCGGGAGCUCGUCAAGAACGAGUCGAUCCGCUGCUUCUACUCGCCGUAUUUGCGCGCGCGGCAGACCCUGCUGGCGCUGCUGCAGGCCUUCGACUCGCAGACUGUCCAGCUCUCCUCCGAGCCGCGGCUGCGCGAGCAGGACUUCGGAAACUUCCAGGACGACGCGCAGAUGAGCCGCGUCCUCGCGGAGCGGCAGGUGUUUGGCCGCUUCUACUACCGCUUCCCCGACGGCGAGGCAGGCACGGACGUGUUUGACCGGAUGGCCUCCUUCAUCACCUACCUCUUCCGCACAAUGACCGAGCGAGACUACUUCGACGACGGCAGGGCGGCGCACGAGCCGGCGGCGCCGCCUCCGCAGAACUACGUGCUGGUGACACACGGGCUGCUGAUGCGCAUCUUUUGCAUGUGCUACCUGCGCUGGACGGUCACCGAGUUCGAGCAGGUCUGGAACCCUUCCAACUGCGAGAUCUGGGCGCUCGAGCGCGACGAGGGCAGGCCGACCUACGAGCUGCGCGGCCGUUGGCGUGCUUCGCCGUUUGGCGGCGGGUUCACCGACGUCAAGUUUGGCAAGAACCAGACCGAGAUCCCUCCCGCGCACAUGAAGCGGCCCCUGAUCUCCCGGCCCGUGACGCCCGGGGCGCCCGACGCGCUGGACGGCCCAGAGCUGGCGCACUUGCGAGACGUGCCAAAGCCGCGCGGGCAGCGCGCCGAGCGGUGCACCACCGGCCCGCUGACGGGCGACGCUGUGCUCGCGUACUGGCUCGGCGACCGCGAAAAGUCGGAGGAGUCGCGCAGCAAGGCGAAGGAGGCGCUGCGAGACCGGAGGUACGACUGAUCACUCAUCUCACAAGACCGGAGCGACAGCCGAUCGGUCUCAGCUCUCACCCUCACCCCUAUUACUCCUCCAUGGACCAUGCGCACGGAAAGAUAGCCUCGCUCUCUGGAGUAAAUUACGGCUUUUUAAGGG